AGGAGCGCAAGGAAGCGAUGUUACGCCGGAGUCUGGACAGGGAUAACAAAUUGGAGGCCAAACGACUGGCCCAACGAAAUAACACGAGUUUCGUGUUCGGCAGCUCAACGCCCCGUACUCUAGACCUGGACCUACCGGCGCUCGGCUGCGGUCGCAGUCAGACAAUGCUGUUCGCGACACCCAAUCGCCAAUCGGACGAAAACCAGAGCUCCCGGCGUCGACCGGUCAGCGCAUACUAUUCCGACGACUUUAACAUUUCAAACUCUUACGACAAACCCGAUACCGACACUACCUUCCCGUUAACUACUACUGCAGAUAUGUCAAGAGACAAUUAUAGAUACCGAAGCGCUCUCUACUCUGAACAGGCCAGAGCUUGUCUGACUAUGACGUCGGACAGCCAUUCCGGUCAUGACUUAAAUGUAACGAACGGCUCAUUCAGUUCAGCCGCCGGUGAGUCCGCUUAACGCCCCGCUAUU